AUGGAAUUAAAGUUUGUUCUAGUGUUUUGUCUGUCAUCUUGUCUGUUUUACGGUUUGUCACAGCAAGAAACUGCCAAUGAUCUCACAAAUGGUGUACCAUUACUCAAUCAUAAAGCAAAUAAAUCGGAUGGUUAUUACCGAAUACCCAAUUAUGACUUCAAAUGUUUAAGACGUUUGGAAAUGUGUCCUACUGGAUGGUCUCUACGUAUGAAAUUAAAAUUAAAUCAAUUUCCUAUUGUUGAUAAAGAACGAAAAUAUUUGCUAUUGAGUACAGGAGCUCAUGAACCACAUGGUGAUGGUCUUCUAGUUCAAUUAUAUCAAAGUAAAAAUACAUCUUAUUUGGAAUUUGGUAUUAAAGAAUUUCGAAAUGAUCAAUUUGGUUACUAUUGGCAAUUGGAAGCUGAUUUAGAGACAAAUCAAUGGAUUGAUGUUGUUAUAGUUGUUUCAAUGUCGGAAAGUAAUAAUCAUCGUUUAAAUGUUCAUUUUGAUGGAUAUCUCUAUCGAGAAACACAAGUAGAAAAUUAUACAGAAUUAUUUGUAUUUAAAUAUAAUAUUCAUCCAACAGUAGUACAAGUAUAUGCAAAUAACAGUGGAUUAGCCAUAUUUGAUCAAAUUCAAUAUUAUGAACGAAUAUUAAGUCCGAAUGAAAUUGCAGAUGUUUCAUACGAUCUGAUUGAAAUUGGAUGUCUUAAACCAAAAGGUGAUCGAUUUCAUCAAUAUAUUAUUGCUGGUAAAUACAAAUGGAAACAAUGUAGAGAUGAAUGUUUUAAACGAAAAACAAAAAUUGCACUUUAUAACGAUAAUCAAUGUGGAUGUAUACAAAGUUUUUAUGAAUUACAAGUUUAUUUUAAAUAUGAUAAAUGUACGUGUGAUAUUAAUUCAAAAUGUGAACAAUGGCAUAUUCUCUCUGUUUCUCAUGUUAUUGAUCUUAUCGAUGCCGAAGUUGGACUGGAAAUUGGUAUGGCUGAUGCAUCAUUUUUACAACAUGGUCGAACAAGAAUACAAAUUAAUGAGGGUGUGGAAAUAAUUGUUUCAGUUAAAAAUGAACGAAAUUUAGCAGCAUUAACAGUCUAUGGUGAUAUUGAAGGAAAUGAAGGAGCAAAUAGUUCAAAUGAAAUUUAUAUAACUGCUGGUGUGGGGGGUACAGCUCCAACGACAAAUGAUAUAAAAAUGAAUUACAUACCAAAUAAAAGCUCAUCGAAAACGGAAUUAACGGGUAUAACUGGUAAUCCAUAG